CCGGCCUCCUCCGGUAGCAGCAGAAGGCGAGCACCCGGGGAGGGAGAGCGCCCACCGGAGCUCCUUUCCGCGGACGGGAACCUGGACCGGUUGACCACCUCCGCCCGUCGAUGUCUGACCUCGAAGCUGCUCCGGCGGCUCCAGAGGUCGCCCUGGCCGCUGGUCCGCCCGGUCCGGAGGAAUCCCCGGCACCUAACCUGGCCGGAGCGAGAAACCAGCCGGCGCCCGAACGCGCCCUGCCCGUCGAGGCAACUUGGCAGAAGACCCAAGAAGUGGCAGCAUCUUUCAGUCCACCGCUGAAUUUGGCAGUAGAGGAUGUGAAUGAGAGUUCUGUGACUCUAACAUGGGAUGGUCCUGAAAAUGUGGGCCCUUCUGGUCUGGAUGGAUAUGUAGUGGAGUACUGCAAAGAUGGAACAACAAACUGGAUAACAGCCAACAAUAAACCCUUUCUUUGUAUUCGUUACACAAUCCACAAUUUAAUAUCUGGAGAGAAACUUCAUUUUCGAGUGAAAGCUAUAAAAGGUAAUGCAGUUAGUCAACCAGCAUUUCUAGACCAGCCACUUCUCAUCAAAGAAAUUCUUGAGCAGCCCAAGAUCCGACUUCCACGCUACUUAAGAGAAUUGUACGUGAGGACUGUGGGGGAUAUGAUAAAUCUCUUGAUCCCAUUCUGGGGAAAGCCAAAGCCACAAGUGACCUGGACCAAAGAAAGCCAACCUUUGGACCCCAAACGAGUUGUUGUACACAAUAGUGAGAAAGAUUCUGUAUUCUUUGUGCGUUCAGCACAACGUAAAGAUUCUGGAAAAUACCAAAUAAGUGUUAAGAUCUUAGAUGAAUUUGAAGAUGUGGCUACCUUUGAUCUCCUGGUGAUUGAGAAACCAGGCCCUCCUGAGAAUUUGAAGGUGGUAGACACCUGGGGCUUUAAUGUGGCAUUAGAGUGGAGCCCACCCCAAGAUAAAGGCAAUGCUGAUCUCAAGGGCUACAAAGUCCAAAAAGCAGAUAUGAAGACUCAGCAAUGGUUCACAGUUUUGGAAAAUUGCAGCCAUACAAGCUGCAUAGUAUCUGAUCUCAUCAUUGGCAACAGUUACUCUUUCCGAGUUUUCUCAGAAAAUCCUUGUGGUCUAAGUGAAACGCCUGCUGUCACAAAGAAUGUAACGCACAUAACAAAAUCAGGAAUAGUGUACAAACCAGACAAGUUCUGUAGCCGGGAUUUCUGUGAACCUCCCAAAUUCACUCAGCCACUGAUAGACAGAACCACUACCCAGGGCUACAGCACCCAGCUCAUCUGCUGUGUCCGAGGCUUCCCAAAGCCCAAAGUGAUCUGGAUGAAAAACCAAAGGGAGAUUCAAGAAGAUCCAAAAUAUCUAGUGCACAUGAACCAGGGGAUUUGUUGUCUAGAAAUCCGCAAGCCUAGCCUUUUUGAUGGUGGUAUCUACACAUGCAAAGCUGUGAACCCUUUUGGUGAAGCUUCUGUAGACUGCAAAUUGAAUAUAAAAGUUCUGUAAUGAUGAUAUCUGGGAAAUCAGAUGAAGAACAAGAUCUUGCAAAAUUCUCUUCUGGGUUCUCAGCUCGGGAGAGUCCUUUACGGUUCCUAGAUGGGAUCUGCAGUUUGGAAAUAAUUUUACCACUGUGGAUUUUCAAAAGCAGAAAGUUCACCUGCUGCUGCACUGGCUCUAUAAAUAGCAACUACAUGUUUCCUGUAAUACCAAGAUUGUCAUCUAUGCCUCUUGAUAUUUAGCCCUGCAGAACAAAUACUGAAUAAAGGAAUAUAUGUUAUGAGAAUGAAAUGAUUCCUGUAGAGAAUUUAGAGGGGGGGGCAGGAGUGCUCCUAUCAACCUUUCCCAACCUUGUGUUCUUCACUAUAUUGGACACACUAUUAAGGUUAGGAAAGGCUAUUCUGAUUCAUUACUACUCAGUGACUAUGUUCCUUUUCUUUCUGUUGUCAUUACUAUCUAACAUUAAGUCAGGAUUUUUACCACCAAUUUCAUUUCAAAUGACUCUAGGUGACUUACAGCAUAAUAAACAUUAAAAUCAUUUAAUAUAAAAUGACAGAACAGACAAAAUAAACUAAUUAACACUAGAUGGAAAAGGAGGGAGCCAGAUAAAUGGAUUGGGGGCAAGUAGAAUUAGAUUUUAAUUAGUCAACAACCUUCAAUGUAAAAUUUCCCCCUAUUGGGCUCCAAGCCAUCUGGCAGAACCAGGUUUUAAGGCUCUUACAAAAAGUCAGGAGGGUGGGAGCCAAUCUCACCCCAGGGUGUGAGAUGUUCCAAAAAGCAGGAGCCACGACAGAGAAGGCUCUUCUGUUAGACCCCGCCAGCCAAAAUUCCUUGAUCAAAGGGAGCUGUAGUAUGCCCUCUCUGCUGGCAUAGGUGUGGGGGGGGAGUCCCACUGGCAUGAGACAGCUCUUCAAGUACUCUGGACCCAUGUCAUGAAGGGCUUUAUAGGUGAUUACCAACACCUUGAAUUGCACCAGAAGCAAAUUACCAAGCAGUGCAGCUCAUGGAGCAGUAGUAUAACAUGAACCAUCAUAGGGGCCCAAGAACUACUUGUACCACUUCACUCUGUGCCAGCUGUAGCUUCUGAAUGCUCUUCAAGGCUAGCCCCAUGUAGGGUGCAUUGCAAUAGUUUAAACAUGAGAAUAUCAGCUUGGCUUGCAAAUGACACUGUAUAGAAUGGCUAAAUGUACACCUAACAUUAGGAUGAAAUCAGCCAAUUUCUGUCUUAGCAAUCAUAGGCAUCUAUGAGGAUAAGGAAAACAAUUGUUGAAACAUGUGAAGACAUCAGAUAAAUGUCAUAACUUAUAUAGUUGUGUCAAAUAUCAGGGCACAAGCAUGCAAUGAGGGUGUUUGCAUGAUAAUGUCAUGGUUUGUGGUUUGUUGCAGAACCACUGGCAGUAUGCGUUAACUAGGCAUAUAUAAGUAUAGUAAAUAUAGUGCAUAUAGGUUUUUUAUUGCCAUAUUCUAUAAGUUAAUUUAAACAUUAAAACAGAAGCAAAAGCUUUCAUCAUUAGCCUCUGAUAUUACCUGGUGAGUAGGAGUGAAUUGCCAUAAAGCAGGGUCUGAUCUGUGUCAAAAACAACUUGGUUUUCAGUUAAAUUAAUUUUCUGAUUUGUAUUUCCUGUUAUGUUGUAUAAUCUAACAUAAGAUUAUUGUAUAAUCUUCUGAAAA